AUGGGCAACAUCACCCACCAAGAACACCUCAAUGUCCCUCAGGACCAGAGGCGACGGACCUCUGUUCCCGAUGUGUCUGCCUUUGCCGAGCACGGUCCACUCGUCGACCACAAGAUUCCUCAAGCGGAUGCCGUGCAGCAAGAACCCGACUUAGCUUGGAGUCGAAUCCGACAUUUCCUCCGCGAACCUUUGUCCGAAUUCUUUGGCGUCUUCAUCCUGAUCCUCUUCGGUGAUGGUGUCGUCGCUCAAGUGGUCCUUAGUGGGGGCACAAAGGGUGACUACCAAUCGAUUUCCUGGGGCUGGGGUCUUGGUGUUAUGCUCGGAGUCUACACCGCGGGCAUCUCAGGAGCACAUUUGAAUCCCGCAGUCACGUUGAGCAACGCAAUUUUCCGCAAGUUUCCCUGGCGAAAAUUUCCCAUCUACAUGCUUGCCCAGACUCUCGGUGCUAUGGCAGCCUCUGCGAUUGUCUAUGCCAACUAUAAGUCUGCAAUCGAUGUUUUCGAGGGAGGUCCCAAUAUCCGUACUGUCGGCGGCCCGACAUCUACCGCGGGAAUCUUUUGCACCUAUCCUGCGCCAUUCAUGACAAAGACCGGCCAGUUCUUCUCCGAAUUUAUUGCCAGCACGAUCCUGAUGUUCUUGAUCUACGCGCUGAAGGACGAUGCAAACAUUGGUGCGGGAAAUCUGACGCCUUUGGCUCUCUUCUUCGUCAUUUUCGGCAUCGGUGCCUGCUUCGGCUGGGAAACUGGCUAUGCCAUCAACCUUGCUCGAGAUUUCGGUCCUCGCCUUGUCAGCUACAUGAUCGGAUAUGGUCAUGGGGUCUGGAGCGCAGGCGGCUACUACUUCUGGGUUCCAAUGGUUGCUCCUUUCUGUGGAUGCGCAUUCGGAGGUUGGCUUUACGACAUGUUCCUCUUUACCGGCGAAAGCCCCAUCAACACUCCCUACAUGGGCCUGAAGCGUCUUGUGCAACCUAAGCGAUCGGUUUGGUCGAACACAUACAAAGGAGACAGCCAGGUGUGA